ACGCAAUCACAACUGAAAAAGCAGCGCAGCGAAGUGCUCCACCGGACAAACGCGCGGGUCCGAGUCCAUACACCAUCCACAAUAAACCAUAUAAGAUCAAGUGCAGUGGCAAUUAAACGACGAGUCGUGAGAGUGCCAGUGAAAAUAAAUUCCCAUUGGGUUAAAGUUGAAGACAAAAGCCCCAAAAGCUACAGUACGUGCAAUUUUCCGAGACAAACAAGUUGCUGCUGCUCAAAGCUUGGGGGACUCACUGAGAACGCCAUUAAGUAAUUUUAUCUGCUGCCUGGCAGUGGAGACGUAGUGGAGGAGCAAAGCUUUCCAAGCCAUGGAUUUCAGAAAAUAUUUAGGUUUAUUGGCGCUCGUCCUGCUGGCUGUUCUGACGCUCAACGGUCGCCCAGUAGACGCCUGCUCCUGCAUGCCCUCGCACCCACAGACGCACUUCUGCAAGGCCGACUAUGUUGUGCAGCUGCGAGUGCUGCGCAAAUCGGACACCAUCGAUCCGGGCAAGACCACCUACAAGGUGCACAUCAAGCGCACUUACAAGGCCACUCCCGAGGCACGUCGCAUGCUGCGCGAUGGUCGUUUGGCCACGCCCAACAGUGACUCCAUGUGUGGCAUCAGGCUGGACCUCGGCAAGGUCUACAUCAUCGCGGGACGCAUGCCCACGCUGAACGUGUGCAGCUACUACAAGGAGUACACCAAGAUGACCAUCACCGAGCGCCACGGCUUCAGCGGCGGCUACGGCAAGAGCUGCAAUUGCACCGUAUCACCCUGCUUUGGCCAGCAGUGCCUGCGACAUCGAGAGUACUCCGAUGGCUGCAAGUGGUCGCCGUUCGGCAAGUGCGAGCGCGACUACAGCGCCUGCAUGCCCCAUGUGACGCACACGGUGAACGGCAGCAUCUCCCGGUGCCGCUGGCGGCGCACGCAACUCUACAGAAAGUGCCUCAGCAAUCCGUAGGCGGAUGGGGUGCCCCUAAUCCCCAAAUCCUUGUUAUGCUACCGUUUCUCUCUGUCCAGAGCUUUAAUACGUACGUUAUGCCUAAUGUGUUAUUUAUUAAUUGAUGCUUUUGAAAUGUAACCGAGCUUCGAACAGCUACUUAAUUAGUGUCUAGCUUUUAAUGUUUAUCGUUUAUACCGUGUACACUUACCAAAUCGCGUGGAUUCGGGAAGAAGGUCUGCUCGAUCAGUGGGAAGCCGUCGCGGCCCAGACGCCGCUGCAGCUGCAGCAGAUGCGAGAACACCCAGGGUUUGUCCUACAACCAAAACAGAACAAAACAGAAUAUCAGUUUCCAUCACUCCGAGUAUCUAUAUCGAUUUUACGACUCACCUGAAACUGGUAGAUCGAAUGCAGCGAAUUGAUGCUGGGCACUCCGCCGUACUUGAGUCCGAGAAUGGUGGAACGGAAGUCGCUGGAACCGUCACGUGGCGGCUGGCGUAUCAACACGAAGUCCGGCCGGAAGGAGCGCGCAACCUGUUUGUUGGUGUGAUAUUCCAAAAUGAAUAAAUAAACAAAAAGGAAUUUAAUUAGAUUUUAGAACGCUACAUGCAAAACGAUCGAAACACACACUUUUUUGUAAUUUUUUAAUUGGAAAAUAUACGAAUAAAAAUAAUUUCAUUUAGAGA